UUUUUGGAACAAGUGGAUCAGCAAGAGCAACUGGCUAAGAAAUGGGGGUUCAAAACUUCUGACAUAAGAGAACUGAGUAAUCAUGAAUUCUUCAUGCCAGGAAUGGUUGAUACACACAUUCAUGCUCCUCAGUAUUCAUUCACUGGUACAAGAGUAGAUCUACCUCUUUUGCAGUGGUUAACUACCUACACAUUCCCAACAGAAGCCAAAUACAAAGACAAUGAUUUUGCAGAAGAAGUGUACACUAGAGUUGUUAGACGAACUCUGAAGAAUGGCACGACUACAGCUUGCUACUUUGCAACAAUUUACACAGAUACUUCUCUUCUUCUUGCUGACAUUAUAGAUAAAUUUGGUCAGCGGGCAUUUGUUGGAAAAGUCUGCAUGGAUAUGAAUGACAGUUUGCCACAAUACAAAGAGAUUACUGCUGACUCUGUCCAAGAGACAGGAAGGUUUGUUAAUGAGCUACUGGAAAGGAAAUAUCCAAGGGUACAGCCUGUAAUAACUCCCCGGUUUGGCCCGUCCUGCACAGAGGAUUUGUUGUGUGCACUGGGUGAUUUAGCACAGGCUCGUGAUCUUCAUGUGCAGAGUCACAUAAGUGAGAAUGAAGAAGAAGUUGAACUUGUGAAGACCAUGUUUCCUUCCUACCAGAAUUACACUGAAUUAUAUGAUAAAAACAAGCUGCUUACCAGCAAGACAGUGAUGGCUCAUGCUUGUUAUCUUUCUGAAGAAGAGCUGAAACUUUUUAGUCUUCGUGGAGCUGCAAUUUCUCAUUGCCCCAAUUCCAAUUUUUCGUUGCGUAGCGGUGUCUUAAAUGUGAAAAAGGUCCUGAAACACAAAGUGAAGCUUGGCCUCGGCACAGAUGUUGCUGGUGGAUAUUCAGCUUCUAUGCUUGAUGCCAUCAGGAAAACAAUGAUAGCAUCUAAUAGCCUUCAGAUCAAUAAAGAGAAUGAAACAGGACUAACUCUUGAAGAAGCUUUUCAACUAGCCACUCUAGGAGGAAGCCAAGCUCUAGGACUAGAUGAUGUGAUUGGAAACUUUGAGGUCGGCAAAGAGUUUGAUGCACUGCUAAUUAACACGAAAGCUUCAGACAGCCCUUUUGACUUGUUCUCUGCUGAUAAUUUCCAGGACACUCUCCAGAAGUUUCUGUAUCUAGGUGAUGACCGGAAUAUUUCUGAAGUGUAUGUGGCCGGAAAGCAAGUGGUUCCUUUUUCAAGUUCAGUAUAAAUCCAUUUCCUUUUUGCAAAAUACUCUGCUGAUCAUUCUGUAU